GGUUCAUCCUUUUCGUUGUUUUUUUUCGUCGUCGUGUUGUCGGAUGACUGCUUCCGGGUGGCUGGAUGACCUUGAGCCUUCAGGAGCGAGAUGGCGGCUCUCUGGAGGCUGAGUGUCCUCUGCGGUGCCCGAGGAGGCGCAGCUCUGCUCCUCCAAACCCCAGUGGUCAGACCCGCUCACGUCUCAGCGUUUCUCCAGGACCGACCUAGCCCGGGAUGGUGUGGAGUGCAGCACAUCCACCUGUCACCCAGCCAUCACUCUGGUUCCAAGGCUGCGUCUCUCCACUGGACUAGUGAGAGGGUGGUCAGUGUUUUGCUCCUGGGCCUGCUUCCAGCUGCUUAUUUGAAUCCUUGCUCUGCGAUGGACUACUCCCUGGCUGCAGCCCUCAGUCUCCACAGUCACUGGGGCAUCGGACAAGUUGUUACCGACUAUGUUCGAGGAGACACAUUGCAGAAAACCGCCAAGGCAGGCCUCCUGAUGCUCUCAGCUCUCACCUUUGCUGGGCUUUGCUAUUUCAACUACCAUGACGUGGGCAUCUGCAGAGCUGUCGCUAUGCUGUGGAAGCUGUGACCUUUUAGACUUAACGCUUUGAGAAGUGAUUGUAUACCUCCUUGCCUCUGCUCUGUCAUGCCGUUCAGCUCACAAUAAGAAGGAAAUUACAGAUAAGUCCACUGGGGAGACAGACCUCUUCUCCUAAUCACCUGGUUAUUUUUAGAAUUUGAUCUUUGAGGAGAGAUUUGAGAGGAAUUGCAUCCCAGAGAUGGGGAGGCUGAGUUCUGUAUUCUGGGGAGUUAACAGGGCUGUCUCUCAGCUUCUCUCAAGACUGACUGUAUAACUACACAUUACAUAUGAGCUUUUGCCUUUUAAUUUUCUCAGACUCUUAAAGGGAAUUCGGCUUUAUCACUCUCAAUAUCUGAUCAAACGUCUGUUAUUUGUCCUAGGAUGCUGGAGAGAGGGAAAGACUGUUAAUUCAUAAGUAAAGACUUUGCAGAAAAUUAGACAGUGUUUAAUUUUUGAAAACUUCCCCCGACCCUAUUCAGUCAAUACCAGUUAUUGAUGGUUACAUGUCCUAGGGAAAUUUUAAAAGUAGGAAAUACUAAUAUUUCAGUUACUAAUUUCUAAAUCCUAGGAAGAAAAGCCUGGAGAGUUUCUGAAUAUAGAGAAGUUCCAUGUAAGGAAGAGGUCCCUUUAUAGAUGUAUCAAAAUUUUCCGCAUUCUAGACUGGGACUUAAUCCUCAGAUGUGUUUAUUUUACUUGUCCUGAAAUAAUUUGUCCACAAAUACAAAUUAUCAGUAAUUGUUGUUUUCUCACAGUGGGAAUCUCUAAUGUGAAAAGGUAUUCUAUGAAGAUAAAGUUUUUUUAAAAAUAAAAUGCUGUAUAAUAAAAAUGUAUUCUACUCUUUUA